AAGAAAUAUCCUUGUCCUAAACUCAUCGUAACUUAAUAUCUCUUCUUCUCUCUACUCUCUUUUUUUCUAAGAUGACUAAGCAGAAUAAUGUAGUGGUGACAGUGACACCUGAAGUUAAGUCAUGUAUUAACACGCUUAUCUCCGCCGUAGUUUUGCCUAGUGCAGCCACCGCGCCGGAGUCGAUGGCGGUGAUCGGUGGUUUUUUGGGGUUUUCUAGUAACAAUUUUAUUAAGAGAUUGGAAGGUGGUAAUGUUAAUGGUUGGAUUGAUUCAAUGAGAGCUGCUUCUCCAACUCGAGUCAAAUCUUCGGAAAAUUAUCAAGAAAAAUGUUCAUGGAUUCUUUAUCAUCCUUCGGCACUGAAAUUGUUUGAUCAAAUAUUGUUUAGUUCAAAAGGAAAACAGAUUGUGUUUUUUCUUGACUAUGAUGGAACUCUCUCUCCUAUUGUUGCUGAUCCAGAUAAAGCUUUCAUGACUAGAAAGAUGAGAGGAACACUCAAGAAUGUAGCAAGAAAUUUUCCUACAGCUAUAGUGACCGGAAGGUGCAGAGAUAAGGUAUUUAACUUCGUAAAAUUGGCGGAGUUAUACUAUGCAGCAAGCCAUGGUAUGGACAUCAUGGGACCAACAAAAAACCAAACUGCUGAAAAAAGUAAAAGUGAUAGUAAUAAAGCAGUGUCGUUCCAACCAGCAAGUCAAUUUCUACCAAUGAUCGAUGAAGUGUAUAAAAUUUUGUUAGAAAAAACAAAAUCUGUCCCUGGAGCUAUGGUAGAGAACAACAAAUAUUGCUUAUCAGUGCAUUUCCGAUGCGUUGACGAAAAGAGUUGGGCUCCUUUGGCUGAGAAAGUAAGAUUGGUACUGAAUGAAUAUCCAAAACUUAGGCUAACACAAGGAAGAAAAGUGUUGGAGAUUCGUCCCACUAUCAAAUGGGACAAAGGAAAGGCUCUUGAGUUUUUGUUGGAAUCUUUAGGAUAUGAGAAUUCUAAUGAUGUUUUCCCAAUCUACAUCGGUGAUGAUCGAACUGAUGAGGAUGCUUUUAAGGUUUUGAGUAGAAGGGGUCAAGGAGUUGGGAUUCUUGUUUCUAGUGUUCCAAAAGAAACAGAUGCUUCCUACACUCUUCAAGAUCCAUCAGAGGUUGAGAAUUUUUUGCGGCGAUUGGUGGAAUGGAAAAGAUUGAGUGGUGUGAACCCUACAAGUGCAUAGAGUUGUAGAUUAAGUUGUAGAUGAUGAUGAUUUGAAGGAAUUGACACCACUUUAGCUCAAAUGUGCUUAAAGUUGUGGAUCUAAUUGUAUCACUUACUUUUUGGAAAUGGAAAAUGCCAUUAUUUUAUCCUUUGAACUCAAUAUAUGACAAGGGGAAUGAUUAUAUUUGGUGUUCUAAAGCAUUUGAAAUGUAUAAUUAAUUUAACCAUUUGUUUUAUAUAUUUAUGAAAAUAAAGUUAUCAUAAAAAAUUAAGGGUAGCAAAAGAAUAACAUU